AGAUGCGCGAGGGGGCGUGUUGUGACGCCACGGAUGUGCGGAAAAGCAACAUGGCGGCGGAUUACUGGGAGCGAGAAGAAUCCUCCACGCCAACACGCUGAACCGAGCCAAAGAUAAGCCAGGUGACACCGGGGCUAAGCCUCUCGGUGUGCUUUCCACACUGGCUGCCCCGCCCCCCUCAGCUUCGCGCCCCCCCCUCAUGGAGAGGAUGAGGAAGAUCAAGCGUCAACUCUCUCUCACCCUGGGGAGGGGAGGGGCUGGGGGAGGAGACAGGACGCUGAGCGACCACCAGGAAGUGACGUCACACAGCGAUUCAGAGGCAGGCGGCCAUCGCCCUUCAACAGGGGGAGUCAAAAUCCGAGGGUCGUCUUCAUCCGUUCAGUCUCUCCUCCAGUCAUACGGUCGCAGACCUCGCGGUCUGGGACGCAGUCUGAGCUCGUACUUGAACCACAGCAGCCGACUAGAGAUCGUCCACGAGGACGUCAAGAUGAGCUCCGACGGCGAAAACGAGCCCACGUCCUCCUCGGACGACGUCCAAAGUCCAGUUCGAGUGAGAAUGAGGACCAAGAAGAUCUCCAGCGAGGACAUCAACAAACGCUUGUCCUUGCCGGCGGACAUCCGUCUUCCAGACGGUUAUCUGGAGAAGUGCAAUGUGAUUGGCCCAGCUCUGUUUGAACAGCCAAUCAGCCGGCGGCUGCGCAGAGUGUCCCUGUCAGAGAUCGGCUUCGGCAAACUGGAGACGUACGUCAAACUGGACAAGCUGGGAGAGGGUACCUACGCCACGGUGUACAAAGGGCGCAGCAAGCUGACAGACAACUUGGUGGCUUUGAAGGAAAUCCGUCUGGAGCAUGAAGAAGGAGCUCCGUGUACGGCCAUCAGAGAAGUGUCUCUGCUGAAGGACCUGAAACAUGCCAACAUCGUGACGCUUCAUGACAUCAUCCACACACAGAAGUCCCUCACACUGGUGUUUGAGUAUCUGGACAAAGAUUUAAAACAGUACCUGGACGACUGUGGCAAUGUCAUCCAUGUGCACAACGUCAAACUUUUCCUCUUCCAGCUACUGCGAGGCUUGUCCUACUGCCAUCGCAGGAAAGUUCUCCAUCGAGACCUCAAGCCCCAAAACCUGCUCAUCAACGAGCGGGGAGAGCUCAAACUCGCCGAUUUUGGUCUGGCCCGGGCCAAGUCGAUCCCGACCAAGACGUACUCUAACGAGGUGGUGACACUUUGGUACCGCCCACCAGACAUCCUACUCGGCAGCACUGAUUACUCCACACACAUCGACAUGUGGGGUGUGGGCUGUAUUUUGUACGAGAUGACAACAGGUCGGCCAUUGUUUCCUGGUUCCACAGUGGAGGAGGAGCUGCACUUCAUCUUCAAGUUGUUGGGAACGCCAACUGAAGAGAGCUGGCCUGGAAUCAGUUCCAAUGAAGAAUUUGUGGCCACCAAUUAUCCUCAGUACCCCCCCGAGAACCUGAGCGAUCACACACCCAGGCUCAGCAGUGACGGCGUCCAGCUGUUGUCGAAGUUCCUGAAGUUUGUAGGAAAGAGGAGGACUUCAGCCGACGAGGCCAUGAGCCAUUGUUACUUCAACAACCUUGGAAGCAGAGUGCGCACACUUUCCGACACCACUUCAAUCUUCACUCUGCCCGAAAUUCAACUGGAACCGGAAAAGCUGAAAGCAGCCGAUCCAGUCAACAGUCUGAGCAGGAGGCGGAGUCUUCUCUUCUGACGUCAUCACCGUCAAGUGUCCAAGUGGCAGAUGUUUGCAUGCAGACGCAAUAGUCAACUUAUGACCAAUAAGAGGACAGGACAUUGUUUCCGUGGCAACAGGUCUUCCAUUUUUAUGAACAUCACAUCUGCUCUGAGGUCAGUUUAGUGUUCUUGUCAUCAAUGACAUCACGUCAAAGGGAACGAUCGCGCCCAAAUGUGAAGAAUUCUCCUGGAAGCCAUGUUUGUGCACGUGACUGUAGAGCAACGUUUAUGUUUAUGACUGUAAAUAAUCACAUGAUACACGUGCGCAGUUUAUUAGGGACGCCUUUGUGUCGUCACGGCAACUAACAGGCCGAAGGUGUCCCUAAUAAACCGGCUGAAAGAAAUCUGGUGAGCGAUUGCACAAGUCAUCUGCGUCUCUGAAACGGUCCAAUCAGCUUGCAGAAUGUCCCGACACUCCCGCGCCAGAUGGUGGUGUUCAUUGUUUGUACUUUUACGUGAUUAUUUAUAUGACUUUGAAGCUUCAGGAAGUCACUCACGUCCAAUCGGUGCUGAAGUCAUUUCAAGCUACGAAAGAAAGUAGUCGAUUUUAUUGUUAGUGACGUGACGUGGGCGGAGCCAACUUUUCAUCAUGUGACUGUUGAAUGUAGUGACAUUGGCUGAGUUUACAUUUUUUAUUUGCUGUGGAGAAAAGCGGAGAAAACAGAAUUCGUGCCUGGCGACCGUUUUGCUUUUCCUUCAUCCUCACAAGAAGGGAAAGGUUUUAUUUUGAAUAAUGUGGAACGUGACGCCGCGUGUUGUUCCUCAAUUCUGUUUUCUCUGCUGCUUCUGUAAAUGACACCAAAGUUCUCUGCAAUAUAGCGCAAUGCAUGAUGAGAUUCUUCGUUAUUCUUCCUGCGUCUUCUCGUGUAGUACUCGCAAUAUAUUUACACCACCAAAUAUUAAAAAGUUUGUAUUUAUUCUCAA